UGGUUGUGUUUGUCGCCAACGCGACUAUUUUAAUUUUGUGCUCUUGAGACUCGGGAGAAAAAGGGUGAAAUCAAGGGUUGUGUUCGACGUAAUUGCAAGAGUUUCUCUUCGCAGUGCUGACUUGAUGUGAAAAGGUGGCCGCGAUGUCUUUUGUGAGUGGCACAACGGGUUCGGAGGCAGCGAAAAAGUUCCUCGAAGUGCUUCAGAGUGAUUUCCGGCAAUUGGGUCAGGAGACGAAGAAGAAAUAUCCGCAGAUAAAAGAGUCGUGCGAGGAGGCAAUCGCCAAACUCAAGAGUGCAAUAGCGAAUCCCCAGACUCCCGUGUACUAUGUGGUGAAUCAAAUUCUCUAUCCGCUGGUGCAGGGAUGCGAGCUGAAGGAUGUAAAAAUCAUCAAGUUCUGCCUCGGCAUGAUGCAGAGGCUCAUAACACAGCAGGUUGUUGACCACAAAGGGGCGCGUUACAUAACCGAUACGCUGUGGAUGUUGAUGGAGAACGGCACGGAGGAGGUCAAAGUGCUGCAGACAGUCACACUUCUGCUCACGACCAACACAGUUGUCCACGGCGAGACCCUGGCCAAGACUCUUGUCCUCUGCUUCAGGCUCCACUUCACCAAGAACUCCACGACAAUCAACACGGCCGGGGCGACGGUGCGUCAGCUGGUGUCCCUGGUGUUCGAGCGGGUUGUCGUGGAGGAGGCGGAAGCGAGUGCGGAGGCGGAGAAGAGGGAGAUCAACAUUGAGGAGCUGAAGCUGGCCACGGGAAUCGCGCCCAAAGGACUCAAGCCCUGUGCUGCCGAUGCUUUUCUCCUCUUCCAAGAUCUCGUGCAGCUCGUGAAUGCCGACCAGCCGUACUGGCUGCUCGGGAUGACAGAGAUGACAAGGACCUUCGGUCUGGAACUUCUGGAGACGGUGCUGGCGUCCUUCACGAGUGUCUUCAAGAACGAGGAGUUCUUCUUUCUGCUGAAGGAGCGCGUUUGCGCCCUGGUGAUCAAGCUCUUCUCGCCCAACAUCAAGUAUCGCACGGUUGUUCAGUCCAGCAAUCAGCCGGCGGCGCCCCACGAGAAGCCCUACUUUCCCAUAAGCAUGAGACUGCUGCGCGUGGUGUCCAUCCUCAUUCAGAAGUACCACAGUCUCCUGGUGACGGAGUGCGAGAUCUUUCUCUCGCUCAUUGUGAAGUUCCUCGAUCCGGACAAGCCCUCGUGGCAGCGCUCUCUCGCUCUCGAAGUGCUCCACAAAAUGACUGUUCAACCCGAUCUCCUGGUGUCCUUCUGCAAGUGCUACGAUCUCCGCAAUCAUGCCACGAACAUCUUUCAGGACAUCAUCAACUCCCUCGGAGCCUACGUGCAGAGCCUCUUCGUCACGUCCCAACUGAUGAGCACGGGAGUGGUAGGCAAUCAACCGGCAGCUGUGCAAAUGCAUCCACCCACACUGAUUGGAGGACUUCCCGUGGGUCCGGGCGUCUCUCCGCAACCGGGAUUCCUCUUCCGUGGCGUCUGGCUGCCACUCACAGCGACAUUCCCCACGGGUCAGUGCAAAUCCACGUAUCUGGAGAUGCUGGAGAAGAUGGAGCCGCCAGCGAUUCCCGAUGGCUAUGGCAUUUCUGUGGCGUAUGCCUGUCUCCUGGACAUUGUCAGAUCCAUUUCGCUGGCCAUCCAGGGCCCCUCGCAGAUUGGCGAGACGAAUCCCAGGCCGUACAAGGAGAAGACCACAGAAGAGGAUCAAGAGCUGCACUGUCAGUUGAUCAACUCGAGCUGGUGCGGAUUGCUGGCGGCGCUCAGUCCCCUCAUUGACGCCGCCACGGAUGAGUCGGUGACGGAGAAUGUGCUGAAAUCUAUGCAAACUUAUGCAUCUCUCUGUGGAACACUUGAGCUUCACGCUCCGCGAGAUGCCUUCAUCACAGCCAUCUGCAGAGCCUCUCUGCCGCCGCACUACGCACUCUCUGUGCUAAAUAUGGGCUACCACAGCACGCCGCUCAACUGUCACGCUCGUGUGGAUGGUCAGGAGAUGGCUGGCGGGCAGUACAUGAGUGGCUGCGGCGAGAGUGAUUUCAGGCAUCAAGUGGUGGCCGUGGGAACACCGCUGCCCACAUCAUCGCUCCCAAUUGGAGUGCAACAGGGCCCCGUUAUGCUCACGGCGAAGAAUCUGCAGUGCAUGAGAGCGCUGCUGCAUCUGGCCCACUGCCACGGAAGCCUCCUGGGCACUUCGUGGCACAUUGUGCUGGCGACUCUGCAGCAUCUCGUUUGGAUUCUCGGUCUCAAGCCAUCGACUGGAGGCAGUUUGCAAGCCGUGCCAAAACAAACCACAGACACGAAUGCAGUGAUCACAACGGCGGUCAUGGCGGACUUACCAAUGUUGUCGCAAAUGCUGAGCCAACUGUUUGAGUCCAGUCAGUAUUUGGACGAUGUGGCGCUUCAUCAUCUCAUUGAUGCUCUCUGCAAGUUGUCGCAUGAGGCUAUGGAGUUGGCCUACUCCAACCGGGAGCCAUCGCUCUUUGCCGUGGCGAAGCUACUGGAGACGGGAGUGAUGAACUUGCAGAGAAUCGAGGUUCUCUGGCGUCCACUGACGAAUCACCUUCUGGAGGUGUGUCAGCAUCCUCACAUCCGAAUGCGCGAGUGGGGAGUGGAAGCUAUAACGUAUUUGGUGAGAACGGCGCUGCAGUACAAGUACGAGACGCCGCUGCGAGACAACCAGAAGCUGCAGACGCUGCUUCUGAGUCCGCUGGCAGAGUUGUCCACAGUUCCGCAUGGAGAUGUGCGCCAGAGACAACUGGACUGCGUGCUGCAGGUGCUGAAUGGCGCUGGUGAGACUCUGUCCCACGGAUGGCCACUCGUGCUGGGGAUAAUUGGGGCUGUGUCUGAUCACCACGGAGAAGCUCUCAUUCGUAUUGCGUUCCAGUGUCUUCAGCUCGUCGUAACGGACUUUUUGCCGGUAAUGCCUUGGCGAUGUUUGCCUCUGUGCGUGAACACAGCUGCAAAGUUUGGAUCCCAGACGCAGGAGCUCAACAUAAGCUUAACAGCUGUUGGACUGAUGUGGAAUAUUUCGGAUUAUUUCAAUCAGAAUCAGGAGAAACUCUCCCAAACUGUCACCGAUGACUCCACAGUGUUUCCAGACUUCCCUGGAACGCUGUCAAUGCCACACUUCGAUAAGCUGUGGAUGUGCCUCUACGCUAGAUUGGGCGAUCUCUGUGUGGACAAUCGACCGGCUGUGCGAAAAUCCGGAGGUCAGACGCUCUUCUCCACCAUUUCUGCCCAUGGAAGUCUCCUGAAUCCACCAACGUGGCAAGCAGUGCUGUGGCAGGUGCUUUUCCCACUGCUAGACAAAGUGCGGAGUCUCUCCAGUGCCGCUAGCAAUGAGAAAGUUGACACAAGUGGAAACAUCUUGAUUCAUCACUCCAGGAAUACGGCGCAGAAACAGUGGGCGGAGACGCAAGUGCUGACGCUGUCAGGAGUCUCGAGGGUGUUCAACACAAAGAGGCAGCUUCUGCAGCAACUCGGGGACUUUGAUCGCGCCUGGGCGCUUCUGCUGGAGUUCAUAGAGAACGCUUCGCUCAGUCGCAGCAAUGAAGUGUCUCUGGCCGCCCUGAAGUCCUUCCAGGAGAUCAUCUACAAUCGACCGACUGAUGGGAGUGACGAGAGCAGCACAGAGAUGUGGAAUGUGGCCUGGCGCGUGUGGUUGAAUAUCGGAUGUGAAUGCGGAGCGCAAUCGGCGAAUCCCGAUGACAAGACCGAAGAGGCUUACUUUCCCAGUCAGGCAUUCCUCACGGCUCUCGUGCAGAUCUUCCCGGCUCUGUUUCAGCACAUUCGACCACGCUUCACGGACAGCGACUUGACGCAACUCUGUCGUGUGCUGAUGAAUGCUGUGGUUGUACCCAUUCACACUGAUUCCACUCCUUACAUCCUCUCCACGAUGUCUGACUCUCCGCUCACGCCACUGCACGACGGUGUCCUCGACUGCAUGGAGCUCCUGCAGAAGGAGGCGCUCUCCCAGGGCUCUCCGCUGAGACCCAUGAUACCGGCAAUCUUCAAGCAACUCCUCAAGUUCAGUCAGUUCUCAUGCUCCGCGCCGAGCAUUGAGUGCCUGAAUGAGGAGUGUGACAAGGGCAAGGCGAGGAAUCAGGCAGGCAGUCAGUCGGCGAGUGUGGAGUGGAUAAGCAUGAACUACAUUCCAUUUGGUGAGAAAUCCCUCUCAGUCGUGGUGAAGCUCUAUCGGCAGACCGCAUCGGAUGAGACUGUAAUCCAGAGUGCAAUUCUCCAUGAGAUCAUCAAGGCUCUCCAUCUGCCGCUGUCGCUCAAGUACAAGUGUCCGGCGGCGAGUACGUGGAAGUUGGCGAUAUCCAGUCUCAUGAGUGUCCUGCACACGGGAUUGCCAGUGAUCAGGGCGAAUGGGAAGCACUUUGCCGGCAUGUGGAAGGACUUGGCUGACACACUGGAUCAGUUUCUCUUUCCCAAGAGUGUGUGCACCAUCGAGGACAGAGGAUUGGAGGAGAUUGUGCUAGAUGAGGCGAUUGAUUGUCAAGUGAUUGAGCUUCUGCGGGAUGAAGUGCUCUCCUUCUCGUCUGAGAUUCCUCAGGAGUUCAUCCUCAAUGUUGUGGUGCUCCUCAACAAGGGAUCAAUUCACUCAGCCACGUCAACUAAUAUUGUUUCAGGAUGCGACUCUGAGUUCAAGCUGAGGGAGGAAUUUGCAAAGACUUGCUUCGACACACUCCUUCAGUUCUCUCUGCUGGACGAAACUGGCAGUUGCAAUGCCAACAAUAACAAUACGACUGUUGAGGGCGGCGUGGCAGGAAGAUUGGCCAUCACGGCACUUCUGCACAGAUUCCAGGAGGUGCUGAAGAAAUACAAUGAUGACGAGAGGCAGAGUGGAAAGUGUCCUUUGCCGCGGUAUCGCCUUUCUGAAAUAUCCUUUGUACUGAAGGCCGUUGCCACACUGAUCAUUUCCAUGAAGAAGGCUUCGUCGACUAAAGUUGGCAAGACCGCAUGGGAGCAACUGAUUGAACUGUAUCCUUACUUGGUUGAUUGCACCACGACAUCGUCAACUGAGGUGUCGAGAUCCCUUCGAGAGGCUCUUCUCCAGUAUUCAGAUCUCCUUCAAGUGCCACCAAGCACGGCAAAUGGUGUCACGACCAGUCACUGUUAACUCACGCAACGAUUUUCCCUCCGUAGUUUCAAUUUAUGAGCAAGAUUUUCCGCCAGGAAAAUCUCACCUAUUUCGGUAGAGGCACACAACAAACACACAGGAUAAAAAAAUCUUUUACUGAGAAGAAGAAGACAGAGAAUUAUUCAAUAAAAUAGGCGCAUCGUGACCAGUCUCUAGGAUUGUAAUUGCAUCGUUGAGAAAAGGAUCUUUAGUCGCUACUCGUUCCGAUAUGAUCGUGAGAUAAAAAAAAAAAUUUGUAGCUCUUGUCGUGAGAAGAGAUGAUAAAAAAGGAUUAAAAUAGAAAUUUUGAAGACAUUUUUCCGAGUAUUCACUAAAUUCUAUAAAAUAUCUUUACUGUAUUUUAUAAGCCAAAUAGAAAAAAAAAAUUUAAGUGGAUAUUUAUUAAAGAUGUAGUUGUUACAGCAAAUCAUGAAAUAUUGCUGCGGAUAUUCGUGAUGAACUAAAUAAAGUAAACUUUAUGAAUUGUAAAUCGA